UUUCUAAAUUGUAACUUGUAUUUCGUUAACAGUUAUAGUAGUGAAUGUAAUAAGGUGAUUGGCGGUUUAUCUAUGCAAUAUAGAGCAUAACUUGAAUAUUCAACUUAAUUAUUUUGAAGUUAGUACAUUUUUGUUAAAAAAAAAUUUAUAUUUCUUAUUGGCAUAACCUAUAUAGACUAAAUUGCAUGUAUAUUGUAUAAACGAAAUGAGCGUUCAUUGUUUAUAGUAAAUGGAGGUUACCAAAGUGACUAGUAAGACGAGCAGCUUAAAAUCACUGGUCUUAAAAGCCUGGGGAGAACGUUGGACAGAAAUCCAGUGGGGCAUAUCUAUCAAGUCGGUGUUGCCCAGAGGAGUGAGUGGCGAUGUUUAUAAUUUGGCCGACAUAAUACUAUCUCAAGCUCUUGUCGGGUCUUACCCUAACGAGCUUGUGCUGUCUUAUUUAAGACACUCGUUAAACUGUCAACUUGUGUCGUACGCAGCUAUCCUUCAACGCAUUAGCAAGUACGAUAAAUUUCACAAGAGAUCGUGUGUGAUUGUAUUACUGGAUUUUCUCAAAACCACAUUAAAUGGCAUUACUUGUAGAGGUAAACCCGAGGAGAGCGUGCUGGCCGGAGCACUGUUGUCUCUGGUCGACUGGUUGCUAUCGUGUAUACGCAGCGGACUGUCGUCCAAAGACGGUAUCAAAGAUCCGCUCGACGAUCGGAUCACCAAUAACUCCAUCGAUAUUUUGGAAUCUUUGUUGAAGAAUGAUUUUAUUCUGGCCAUGUUGUACUUGGCUAAACACGCAGAUGCCGAUUUGUAUGUCGUGAUUGUGAAAAAAUGCCAAGAAAUCAGUCAAGACGUGCAGAAUUCGAUGGACUCGAACAUUCCGCACGUGCACAAUAUUUUAAUAAAUUUGUGCAACAUAGACUUUAAAAAUUCGACCAACCUCACGGCGAUGGAAUCCGUUACAUCCUUCAAUGAAUCCAUAACGUACGUGCUGCAGCCGCUGUUAGCCGUGCGUGUAAUGUUAAAUCCGACAGCGGAAACCCAAGUGUUGGUGGACAAGCUGAAAAUGAUUCGUCAAAUAAAAGGCUACAGCAAUCCACGAUUGUACUGCGAGCUGAUCCGUGCGUGCCUGAUGUGCUUGCGCGAUUCGCUGAGCAACGAGGAUCACGGUCCGCAGUGGGGCGCGUUUACGUUCAUUAAAUUGCCACACAUCAUCAAACAUCUUUGCCAAGACUCUAUGAGUUUUAAAGCUUCCGAAGAAGUGAUUGAAGGGUUUGAAAUGUUGUUGGAUAUGUUCCCGUUGUUGGAUUUUAUCGACUCGCAUACGGCGUGCAGUUCCAUUGAACUUCUUCUCAACGAACUGGUCAAACAAGAUUUCGUCACCGAAAACCAGUGUUGCUCCAUCAUUGCCAGAAGAGCCAGCGUUGUAACUACGCUGAGCAGCCCGGAUCCUCCGUCGAACGUACUGACGAUUAUCAUGAGAACAGAGCCCACCUUGCAGAGGAUGCUUAGGACUUUGGAUUCGGAUUUUUCGAAAAUUCAAGAAGCUCUAGUCGGUGUGCUCAGCCAAGCGCUGACAGGGACCAGUCUAGAACUGAUAUUGGCAGCUGCGGCAGUCGAAGGCAAACUACGUAUGUUUGUAGCCAAGUUGAUUAAGUUCAAUGAGUUUAGCAAACAGAUCAACCCGCAAGACAACCCAAAAUUGGUGCGCACCAACGCCGUGUUGUUCGACAUGACGUUCCUGAUGUUGUGUUUCAUAACACAAAAAUACGGAUAUCAAGCUAUUUUCCCCGACGGAGGUAACGACACUUUUUUUGAAAAAUGGUGUAAACAAUGCAUGGUCGAACACGGCAAUCCAAAAUCGCACGAAAACGUAAUGGGCGAAUGCGAUCCGGCCAAAGUAGAAGCUUUGCUCACCGCCAUCGACAAAGGAGAGGAUAUCAUCAGUUGCGACACUAGUUGGGAUAAAAUUUGUCUUACCAUAAUCGGAGUUACACACGAUGUUCUUGUCGCUUGGGAAAACUCUACGUUGAGCAGUAACGACGUUAAACGUAUAUUGGACUCUUUGCGUACUUCAAUGUUUUGUUUGCCGAUCUGUGCGGCGGCUUGGUUGUGUUCUUACAUGCAGGUGUUGCACCAAGACGCUUUACUCAAACCGAUGAACAUGGUCCAACAAUUGCUGAACGUCGUACCCGAAACCGGCGAGAAUCAAGAUAAUUAUUCUGAAUGUCGUCAAGUUUUAAUGUGUCAGGUUAUAAGAAAAAUGCAACAAGAUCUGCACCCGCCAACGAUGCCGGCCAAACCUUCACAUAAUAUCGUAUCCAAAGACUCGAUUCUCGAACAACUCAUACCGAUCUGGGAAGACAUUUUGGAAGAAGGUUGGUUAAAUGUGAAAGCCGCCCAAAAACUCAGAACCACGCUGUUUACUGCCGGGUCUGAUUGGUUUGUGAAUAAUUUAAUAAAGGAAAUGAUGAAGUUGCAAUACCGCGAUGAACUAGAAAAAGCCGUAGAUCUGUUAUUCGCCAUAUUCCACUUUGAUAUCGAACACUGUACUCUGGCGUUGCUUGAACUCAUGCCACAAUAUUUGUUCAAUCCCGCAAUAAACGUGGAAUUAAUUGAACCCCAACAAACAGCGUUGGCCAAAUUGUGUUCGUAUUGCAUUCACGCUUCGGUAGAAAUGCAACAGAACAGUAUGGUGAAAAACGACGUCCACAAAGCGACAAAUAACAUGGACAUAGACUUUGAUAAUCUGUGGCCGCCCAAUAAAAUAAUGCGUAUGGACAGCGGAGACAGUGAUGCGAGCGGCACCGAUGUGGACGGAUCAUUGCAACGGGCACUGGUUGCCCUGUUUCGACGUAUCGCUGUUGUCGCAUCUAGACACGAGCAACUUUGUAGAGAAACCCAUUUUGUUUUAAGACUACUCGAGCAGUUAGUCAUGUGUGGACGAGGUUCAUCGCAACUUGUUUUAAGACAUUUGCCACCGUCCGUGCUUCCAAACUUGAUACGUUGCGUACCGGACCUGUUCACUGUUGACUUGAUAUUGAAUUUGUACGAUUUAAACUCAUCGUCUGGUCGUAACGCGGCGACUAGCGACUUGUGCUUGUUGCAGAAAACUCGGUGUUCAAAGAAAAUUGAAAACUUGUAAAUUAACAACCGAUUCCAUUCAGUACUAACUGGAGUGUUUUUCAAAUACACAAAUACUGUACGUCGAGUCAAAGCAAUAGACGAUAUCAAAAUAUCAGUUCAAAGUUUCAAAAUAAUAUAUUUUUCAGACUAUUUUUGAUUACUGUGAAAAAGCAAUUAUUAUCAAUUCAUUAUAAUAUAUGAAACUGGAAAUUAAUUUAUAUCCCAUA